UUUUCAUAGUGCCAUUGAAGUGAGUCAUCUCUAGGAAGUGUGGUGAAAAGGAAAAGAAAAAAAGUUAGAACUGUUCCGUGAACAGCAAAGAGCUCAGAUAGAGUGCAAGGCGACGGAAAAUAUUCAGAACAUUAGCCAGGCAAUAGGCUUUAAAGCGAAUGUUAACCUGCGUGAGUCACUGUAACUACAGGUUCACUUGUCUCAACUGGAUUUGACUGCUGAAGGUGUGCUACUGACUUUAGGUUGAAGUUUGCGCACCUAGACGGAUUUAUGAUAGCGUAGUUUAGGUCUACCUGCGGCUCCAGUAUAAUAAAGGCACAUUAAGAAAUAGUCUUUACAAGCAGGGCUAACACAACAAGACAAUAUUUAUUGAAACUGGUAAUAUAUGCGCGAUGUUUUAGGUUAGUUUAGAGGAGCAUAAUUGCACUUUGUGUUUUCGCCAACUCUUCUCUGGAUAUCUGAAAUUAACAACGUCUCGAGUCAGAGGAUUUUUCUGUUGGUGCCUUUUCACUGCGAGGAUUUAAAAAAAAAGUGUUUCAGUGCUUCAAACAGUCUGCUGAAAUCUUCCUCUUUCCUGGAUCAUGUACCAGGACUACUCCGGGAACUACGACACCUCGUCCCGCGGCAGCAGCACCUCUCCGGCCCAGCCAGAGUCCUUCACAAGCGGCAGCAGCACGAUCGGAAGUCCGAUCUCUACCUCAAGCUACCAGAAGUACAGGGUCGACAUGCCCGGCUCCAACAGUGCCUUCAUACCUACCAUCAAUGCAAUCACGACCAGCCAAGACCUGCAGUGGAUGGUACAGCCCACCGUCAUCACCUCCAUGUCCAACCCUUACUCACGCUCCCACCCGUACGGCCAUCACCUGACCAACGGCCCGGGGCUGCUGGGCCACAACACACUGGCGAGGCCCGGGGUCAUCCGCUCCAUCGGGGACGCCAGGGGCCGACGCAAGAGGGACGAACAGCUCACCCCAGAGGAAGAAGAGAAAAGGAGGGUGAGGCGUGAGAGGAAUAAGUUAGCCGCUGCCAAAUGCCGCAACCGCAGGCGAGAGCUCACCGAGAUGCUGCAAGGGGAGACUGAGAAGCUGGAGGAGGAGAAAGCGGACCUGCAGAAGGAGAUCGAGACCCUGCAGAAGGAGAAAGACAAGCUGGAGUUCAUGCUGGUUGCCCACAAUCCCGUGUGCAAGCUCCCCAUCGAGGAGCGUCACCAGCAAUCAGGGCACCAGCAGCAGCAGUGCGCCCCCCUCCCCCUGACAAUGCGCCCCAACAUGGGCACCCGGGCUCAGAUGAACCAAGUGGUAGUGAAGCAAGAGCCAGACGACGACGAUGAGAAGAUGGGCAAGCCCCAGCGCUCCGUCAUCAAGCCAAUCUGCCUGGGUGGCGGCGGUAUCAGCGGCGGGAUGUACUGCACAGAUGGAGAAAGCCUGAACACGCCCGUGGUGGCGGCGUCCACCCCAGCCGCCACGCCCCAUGCCCCGAGCCUCAUAUUCACCUACCCGAGCAUGCUGGAGCCCGACAGCCCCUCACCCUCCUCCGAGUCCUGCUCCAAGGCCCACCGGCGCAGCAGCAGCAGCGGCGACCAGUCCUCAGACUCCCUCAACUCGCCCACCCUCCUGGCCCUCUGAGCAAGGCCUCUGAGAAACAAACACUGUGGCUGAAGGCAAGCAUGAGGACCAACUGCGUGCCCCCCCCCCGUCAGUGUCUUUUAAAGACCCAAGAGCACAUUCAACAGUCCAGACCAAGCUGACCAUGUGAGCCGUUUCCCCCUCCGCAGGGAGACCCACAAGGGCUACGCCGUGUGUUUCUUCUUGUUCUGCUUCAGUGUAAAAAAAUUUUAUUUGUAAAAGUGUGUGCACCAACCCUAAGAAGUGUCAACCCUUCGCCAUUUCAACUCCAGUGUCAACUUGUUUACUGAGCAGACAAUUCUGAAGAAAAACAUGCCUAAAUCUGGCAAUUGUGAGUUGAUGUGACUGCAAUUAGAGAGCGCAUACUUAAUAUAUAUAUAUAUAUAUUUUUUAAAUGUUUUAAAAAGCCAUGUGGCAGACACUUGCACUCCGCCAAGACGAAUCAAUAAAUCACUAAACGAGGUCAGCAUUCUACUGGAAUUUCUGAGGGGAGAAAGAGACAGUAAGCAAAGACUUCCUCUCAUCGUUUUUUUCCAUUUAGAUUUGUCCUUUCAUAACUUGGACCUUGAUUCAGGAAUCGCUACUUAGAGUGUGUACACAUUUCUGACGCUCUUUCCAUCUCUUUAAUUGUAUUUAUGGCCUGUGCUGAUUACAUUUUAUAAAGUGUUUUGUUGAGACAUUGUCCUCUCCUUAACCUGCCUGUAGAAAAGCAAAAUGGUCAUCCACAGGGUGACCAAAGCACUCCUCAGUGUUGCAAAGGAUACGAGCCAACUUUCAAUCAAUGACUAGUUCCUCAAUACUCUAUAUUUCUAUUUUGCCAUAGUGGCUUGACUUUACAGUAGUGUUGGUGUGCUUUUCCUCGGUGAUUCUGUACCUGAACUUUACAACCUGUUUAUGACAAAGUGUAUGUGAUUUACAUUGAUGUCAGGGAUAUCUCUCAUGUGUAGUCGAACCCCAUAGUGAAGAACGUUGCAGGACUGCAGGCUGUUGUAUGGUCUAGCCAAAGUGUUGCAUUAGUGGUACUUAUAUGCGGAGGGACGGUAAACUUCAUCGCUUCAUUGUCUCACGUCAAGAAAGGUUUGUCUUUUCGCUCAGACAUUUAAAAAAAAAAAACGACAAAAGUUUGAACAAACCCCUCCUCCACUGGAUUCCGUACUUCUUUCUUUGUUUCUUAUAUUCUCUAAAUAAAGGUCUAACCUUUUCCAACACUGCCUCUCAGGGCAGGUCAGGUUUCUAAAAAGCCAAAAAGGUUUGUAUGACACAUGUAAUUCGUUCGUCUUUGUCUAAAAGGAGGGAUUUUGCUCAAAUUUGAAAAAAAGCCACUGUGGUCUAGACUGUCGCCAGCUGCCAAUGAUGUCAACCCUGUUUAUACUGUGUUUGUAAAUCUGUCACUUUUAGUAAAGAAAUGAUGUUUAAAUUCAA